AUGCCCAGAGGGAGCACGUCUAACAGCAGCUCCAUCACCCAGUUCCUCCUCCUGGCGUUCACAGACACACGGGAGCUGCAGCUCUUGCACUUCUGGCUCUUCCUGGGCAUCUACCUGGCUGCCCUCCUGGGCAACGGCCUCAUCAUCACCACCAUAGCCUGUGACCAGCACCUCCACACCCCCAUGUACUUCUUCCUGCUCAACCUCUCCAUGCUCGACCUGGGCUUCAUCUCCACCACUGUCCCCAAGUCCAUAGCCAAUUCCCUCUGGGACACCAGAGCCAUCUCCUAUCAAGAAUGCACUGCCCAAGUUUUAAUGGUCGUCUUCUUCUUUGGAGCAGAGCUUUCUCUUCUCACCAUCAUGUCCUACGACCGCUAUGUUGCCAUCUGCAAACCCCUGCACUACGGGACCCUCCUGGGCAGCAGAGCUUGUGUCCACAUGGCAGCAGCUGCCUGGGCCAGUGGCUUUCUCAAUGCUCUGCUGCAUACGGCCAAUACAUUUUCACUGCCGCUCUGCAAGGGCAAUGCUGUGGACCAGUUCUUCUGUGAAAUCCCCCAGAUCCUCAAGCUCUCCUGCUCAGACACCUAUUUCAGGGAAGCUGGGCUUCUGGUGGUUAGCGUCUCUUUAGGAUUUGGGUGUUUUCUAUUAAUCAUACUGUCCUAUGUGCAGAUCUUCAGGGCCGUGCUGAGGAUCCCCUCUGAGCAGGGACGGCACAAAGCCUUUUCCACGUGCCUCCCUCACCUGGCCGUGGUCUCCCUGUUUAUCAGCACUUCCAUGUUUUCCUACCUGAAGCCCCCCUCCAUCUCCUCCCCAAGCCUGGACAUGGUGGUAUCUUUUCUGUACUCAGUGUUGCCUCCAGCAGUGAACCCCGUAAUCUACAGCAUGAGGAACCAGGAGAUGAAAGUGGCACUGGAGAAGCAGAUUCAAUCAUUUUUCUGUCAGCAGUAA